AUUUACGUAAAAAAUCAUGAUUAGAAUAUCUUAAUAAAUAUUUCAAACUUGGUAAUCCGAGAUUUUUUCUUUCAAAAGUCAUAACUAUAGAUUUCAUGUCCAAAAUCUAUGAGAAUCUUCCAAAUCUCCUGCCUUAAACUUGCCGUUGCAAUAUAUUAAACAAAUCAAAAUUUCAUGACAAUCAAUAAUGUAUAUGGCAAGAAAUCAGCGUAACAUAUGUAUAUAUAUACACGUUUGUAUAAUGAGAAUCAAUACUAUCAAUAAUGGAGAAAAUGGUGUUCAGGAAAAUUGUGUUUAUUGCCUUCUUAUUGUCCCUUUCAUGUUUAUUGGAGGGAGAAGCAAGAAUUAGUGGAGAUAUAACAAUACAACGUGGAGGGUCUUGCAACAACGACAAUACUUGUCACGAUACAUGUCCGGGUUGUCGUGUAACACAAUGUAUUUUCAGCCAAUGUGUCUGUUCUCGUUGUAAUACCCCACGAUCAAGUUUACGUAUUAAAUCUCAUAUGUAAUCUUCUUUCUAAGGACUAUCACAGAUUUGUGAUGUCAAG